AUGACCAAGAAGAAGAGCCCAAAGGUGGAGGAUGGUAACGGUACAGGUCCCUCUAGUACGGCAUCAUCAGCUUCGACGUCAAAGCCCAAAAUCGCAAAGCCGCCUCAAGCUCAACCUUCAACAUCUGCCUUGAUAAUUUGUCGCAACAAACAUUGGCGCUACAUAUCCUCUUUCCACGGCCCAUGGCUACAACUACCACCAGAAGUGCUCGAGAGCCUAGCUAAUAAUAAUUACAAUCACCCGCGCCCGCGACCAAUUGAUCCGGCGGUCUUCUUUGAUCUUUUCAAGAUCCGCCAGCUUGUCGACGAUGCCACGAACCUCUCUGUACGAGCCUCAAACGGCGUAACAUCUUCUACCCUCACAAACUCUUUAAAUGCUGGAAAUGGAUUACUUGGAAACGGCGGCGCGGCAUUGGGCAUUGGAAUAGGAGGGGGAGGGGGAAAUGCGAAAUUGAGUAGGGAAAGGAAACAUAAAAUGCGCGAACAGGCUACGCAGAAACUAUCAAAAGCAUAUCAUUUAGAUGAGAUUGCUUGUAGUGUUGCAACCAUGCAAUCCGCUUCUACGCUAGAAGACGUUGCGCAUCUGGUGCUUCAACGAAACCCCGAAGACGCAGAUGCAAAAUACGUUCAUUUCUUUCAUGAAAAGAUUCCGUCGCGUCAGCUGGCUGAGUGUACGAGUCUGGAACCUCUGAACCAACUUGUUAGGGAUCGACCUCGUGAAGGAGAGUUAUUAAGGACAAGAGCUGUGACGAGGAUCUUCAAGGAGGAAUAUGUUGAGGCAGUAGAAGAUUUCAAGGAGGCUUUGCGCGUAUGUAAAUCUGUUCAGGAUCAACACGGAGCAGGACGACAGCAAUUACAGCUUGCGAGUGAGCUUGCGGCAGAAAAGAAUAAUGGAAGGUGGAAAGAGGAAUUCAAGCUAGCCGAAGAGGAUCAUCCUAGUAGUCUUAAGACUCAACUUUUAUUUCAGCGAGCAGGUGUUCAUCUGACUAUUGCUUGUCAACAUGUUGAAGCUGCUCUACCUCCUAAAAGUGCUGCGAAUAGACUCAAUGGGAAGAACAAAGCAUCAGAUCCAGCCACCAACGGGACUCCAAGCGAACCUUCUGAAUUGACUCACGCCGAUUUGGAGAUAUUAAGGAAACGUCAGGAAGCCCGAAAGAAAGUUAAAACGCAUGCAAAAAGAGCGCUUCAGGACUAUCUUAGAUAUCUGGAACAAUUCGAAUACACCCCAGGUCUUCCAGCUGAAGUUGCGGAAGAGUUCCUACGAAAAUUUGGUCACGCGGCAAAUGGAUUCAAAUCUUCGAAGUCAUCAAAUGAAUACAAAAACCGAAAUCUCGACCUCGAAACCAACAACUCUCUGAGCAACGGCCAACUCUCAGAUGCUCUAGUCCCUCACAAAGGCUCGAACCGCAACCGCCCACAAUCAUCCUCCCGCCCUACAGACAUCAACUUUCCACCUCCUAAAGUCCACCCAAUAUCAACCCUCUUCUCUCCAACCCCACCUACAGACCUCCCACCAUAUCCAAACAGCUCCUUAACGACAAGCCAAGCCCAAAACUACCAAUUCAGCCAAGAAUCUCUCACCUACCACCCUCUCCUCCCCGAAGCCCUCCACUCCCUCCUCCUAACCCACUGUCUCCUCCAAACCUCCCCGCGCGAACUCUCACGCCAUGCAUACAUGGCCGCCCGUCUCCUCCGUCUCAGCACCGGGUCCCCGAUCUUCCAACCGGCGCGCUCUCCAUCAAGAGCUGACUGGAUCGAAGUCCUCAAACACAUCUCCUCUACCAUCUCAUUGUCUUCUACCUGGGAGCACCUUUGCGCCUCUGCGCCGCUGCCUGGGGAAACGAGAGAGACGGGCGAGGAAAGGAAAGAGAGGUUGAGACAACAGGCUGUCAUGGAAGCACUUGAAGACGAGCGUGUGUGUGACGAGAAGAGUUUCCGUGAGGCGGUUCGUGCGAGGGAAGGCAGGCUUGAGGGGAAGAAGAUGAAUGAUGGGUUUGAGGUUUUGACUGAACGGGCGGCGGUUGUUGUGAGGUGGGUUAGAGAGGCGGAGGUUGGGGGUGCUGGGAGGAAGAAGAGAAAGGGGAAGGGUGUUGUUAAGGGGAUGGAGGGGUUGAGUGUUAAGGAUGAGGGGUUGGAGAGGGUUGUUGAAGAGGUUGAUUAG